CUCUUCAGACAAUUAAAGACCAAUUAUUGUCAAACUUUUGCAAAACAAUCAAAUAUUGGCGUAAUUUCUGAACGAAUGACUCAAAUGUUCGCCAUUUUUGUAAAUAUUGUUUGCAUUCAAUAAUCAAUUGAUUUGAAUAACCAUUUGAUUGAAGACAUCCAACCCAUGGGUCGCAAGAAGAAGAAGCCGUCGAAGCCGUGGUGUUGGUAUUGCAACCGUGAGUUCGAUGACGAGAAGAUACUGAUCCAACACCAAAAGGCCAAACACUUCAAGUGUCACAUCUGCCACAAGAAGCUGUACACCGGACCCGGUCUGGCCAUACACUGCAUGCAAGUGCAUAAGGAGACCAUCGAUAAGAUCCCGAACGCGUUGCCGAACCGAAACAAUGUGGACAUUGAGAUCUAUGGCAUGGAAGGCAUUCCCGACGGCGACGUCAAAGAGCACGAGAAGUCCAAAGGCUUUGAGUUCAAGCCUCAGACUGAGUCAAAGCCGCCGCCGACGGCCAUCACGUCUCCACCGGUGGCGCCAAUGAUUCCGAUGCCGGGCAUCGCAAACGCCCCCCUUUCGGGCCUAAUGUCGAUGCCUUCGAUGCCCUUUGGUUUACCCCAAAAUCAUCAACACUUCGCUAACUUCGCGGCCAAUAUGUCUGCUCCGCACUCGAGUCACCCAUCAAUGGGACCGUUUGGAGUGGCAGUCCCUCCGCCGCCGUCGUUAGUGCCGCCGCACACCUUAAUGUCUCGCUCCGGACCCUCAGGUUUACCCCAUAAACCUCUCUUCCCUUCAGUGAGCUCGACAUCAACAGCAAAUCACAGCUCAAUUGUUGGCACAGACUUCAGACCAUUAGGUUUUAGCUUAAACUCGGGUCCAAAUAAUGCUUAUAUGACAGCAAAUACAAACUCAAACAAUGCAACGGUCAGUGCGUCGGCCAUCAUCUCUAGGCCGGCGUCCUCUGCAAUGAUCGGCACAUCGAGCGGAACGACACGUAUAAUACAUCCGGAAGAAGACAUCUCACUGGAAGAGCUGAGAGCGCGUCAAAACAAAUACAAACUUAUAGUUACACAACAAAUGUCUCAAUCGAUGAAUGGUGUGAACCCUAACGUUGCCGUCUAUACGACUCCAAUGCCCCCCAAUAUGUCAAUACCUGGACCCCCUUCGGGACACUUACCGCCCUCUCUCUCCACUCAUCCCUCAUUCCAAUCGACUUUUCGUCCGGCGUUUUGAGAUAAGUCUUAAGUAAAAGAAAUGUUUAAAUGAA